AAUUUCCCGGCGAUAACAGUGCAUGACCAUGUCCGGACUCUGGAGCCACGACAGAAUCCGUUAUAUACGCCGUCGCGAUGACAGGAUGUUUCCAUAGGUCCUCCGCUCUCUGACCUACCCCGAGCCGACAACGCUCGCCCCGCGUCCGAUCCGCGAGACUUGGUUUUUCAAGUUCUAAAUCUCUCAAGGAUGGCGAUCUCUGCGCUGGAGAAGGUGGCUCCGUACACGCGCCGCGAGGCGUGGGUGCUCGAGCCGGAGCCGUCGACGUUCGCGCCGAACAGCAGGUGGUCGAACAAGGACAUGGACCCCGUCCCGCCCAAGGGCCGGACAUGGACGACUUUCAACUACAUCGCGUACUGGGUGUCGGACGCGACCAAUGUCGCGGUGUGGGAGCUCGCGUCGAGCAUGCUCGCCACUGGGCUUUCAUGGCGCCAAGCUCUCCCCGCCAUCGCAGUCGGGCACAUCAUCAUCUCGAUCGUCAUGGUGCUCAACGGGACGGUCGGCGCGCGGCUGCACGUCAGCUUCCCGGUGCUGAACCGCUCCUCGUUUGGGUUCUGGUUCAGCUAUUUCUCUGUCGUCUCCCGCGUCGUGCUCUCCAUGUUCUGGUUCGGCAUCCAGACGUAUACCGGGUCCGAGUGCGUGUAUCAGAUGCUCAAGGCCAUCUGGCCGUCCCUCGCGCACCUGCAUAACGGGUUGGCCCCUGGGGCGAACAUCACGACUGCUGGGAUCAUGUGCUACUUCCUGUACUGGCUGAUCCAGUUCCCGUUAAUGCUCGUCUCUCCACAGAAGAUCCGCUGGCUGUUCAUGAUCAAGGCGUUCGUCGUUCCGCCCGCGUGGCUGGCCAUGCUCAUAUGGUCCUUUGUCAAGGUCCCGUCGAGCAAGGGCCUCUUCGAGCAGCAUAGUGCGCUAUCGGGCAGUGCGAUGUCAUACGCAUGGCUUAGUGCGCUGAACAGUGCGCUGGGCAUCUACUCCACCCUCGCUGUCAACAUCCCAGACUUCACCCGCUACGCGAAGAACGAGCAAGCGCAGCGCGUCCAAUUGGUCAUCAUCCCUGUCGCCUUCACGCUCGUCGGUUUCACCGGCAUCGCCGUGACUUCAGCCGGCAUGUCCCUCUACGGCGGCGCGGUGCUCUGGGAUCCGCUGAAGCUCAUCGACCACUGGGACAACCGCGCCGCGGCGUUCUUCGCCUCCUUUUCCUUCGUACUCGCCACCCUGGGCACGAACAUCUCCGCCAACUCGCUGUCGGCCGCAAAUGACAUGACGGUGCUCUUUCCGCGGUAUAUUAACAUCCGCCGCGGGCAGGUGAUUUGCGCGAUUUUGGGCGGGUGGGCGCUGUGCCCGUGGGAGAUCCUCGCGAGCGCGCAGGGGUUCCUGAGCUUUAUGAAUGGGUAUACGGUGUUUUUGGGUCCGUUUGCCGGGAUCAUGGUCGCGGACUACUGGAUCGUGCACCACGGCAAGGUAGACGUGCCUUCGAUGUACCGGCCCCAUGGACGUUAUAGGUACACGUAUGGAUUUAACUGGAGAGCCGUGGUCGCUAUCCUGCUCUCUGUGCCUCCCAAUAUGCCGGGUCUCAUUUCCUCAAUAAAUCCGAAGAUCGCCGUCGGUGGUGCCAUGAAGAUCUUCGACUUCGCAUGGAUAUUCGGCUUCACCGUUGCAUUGACCGUUUACUCGGUCUUAUCCUUGGCAUUCCCUGCAAAGGACACGUUCCUGGCCGAAGCGAUAACGAGUGAAGACGCCGACGAGCUUGUGGAAAGCGAACAGUCGUCCCAUAUCGAGAAGAAAGGUGUGGAUGAAGACAUCAAAGUCGUUUGAGUACCAGACUGGCGAAGGGGUGCCGGUACGUGGACCGAAGUAAUAGCUUGUAUCUCUAGACUGGAACAGAUAUUUCGACGCUUCGACACAUGAAUGGCGUGAGGAUACUCUACAUACCGUUCACAGGUAUUGCUUACGAU